CAGAAACGACAUCGUCGCAAAGAAAAGAAACGAACCCUAAAUUCGUCACUCUCCCGGCGGCUCUCUCUCUCUCUCUCUCUCUCUCUCUCUCUCUCUGUUUCUGUUUCUGUCCCGUCCCGAACCUAGUCGAGAAAACGUCAGAGAUGAUGAUGGACAACGGAGAAGAUGAGAAAAUUGAUGUUAGAUCGGUGGUUGAAGCUGUUUCCGCGGAUCACUCCUUUGGUGCUCCCCUCUAUGUGGUUGAGAGCAUGUGCAUGCGCUGCAGUGAAAAUGGAACAAGUAGAUUUCUAUUAACUUUGAUUCCCCACUUUAGAAAGGUCUUAAUAUCUGCAUUUGAGUGUCCGCAUUGCGGAGAAAGGAAUAAUGAAGUUCAGUUUGCGGGCGAGAUUCAACCCCGAGGAUGCUGUUACCAUCUAGCUAUUCCAGCUGGUGAUGCGAAGAUAUUUGAUCGGCAAGUUGUGAAAUCUGAAUCAGCCACUAUUAAGAUUCCUGAACUGGAUUUUGAGAUUCCACCAGAGGCCCAACGCGGAAGCUUGUCUACUGUAGAAGGGAUAUUAGCACGGGCUGCUGAUGAACUGAGUGCCCUUCAAGAAGAACGCAAGAAAGUUGAUCCAAAAACUGCUGAAGCGAUAGACCAAUUCUUGUCCAAACUGAGAGCUUGUGCUAAAGCAGAGACAUCCUUCACCUUCGUUUUGGAUGAUCCUGCCGGAAACAGUUUCAUUGAAAACCCACAUGCUCCAUCACCAGAUCCCUCUUUAACCAUCAAGUUCUAUGAGAGAACACCAGAGCAACAAGCAACACUUGGAUACCUUGCUGACCCAUCGCAGGCUGGUCAAUCAGAAACAGAAGGAGGCCUUGGCGCGCCUUCUGCUACUGCUGCAACAACAGCUUCUUCUAUACCUCAUGGUGCUAUUGGAGCAACAGGUGGUCAUCGAGCGAUUGCUCAGAGUAACAGCACUGAUAUUUCUGAUAACUUGUUCAGAUACUCUGCGCCUGAAGAGGUGAUGACUUUCCCUUCAACCUGCGGAGCAUGCAUGAAGCAGUGUGAGACACGGAUGUUCGUGACUAAAAUCCCCUACUUUCAGGAGGUUAUUGUCAUGGCAUCCACAUGUGAGGAUUGCGGCUAUCGCAAUUCUGAGUUGAAGCCUGGUGGUGCUAUUCCUGAAAAGGGAAAGAAAAUUACUCUCUCUGUGAAGAACAUCACUGACCUUAGCCGAGAUGUUAUUAAGUCAGACACUGCGGGAGUGAAAAUCCCAGAACUUGAUCUGGAGCUAGCUGGUGGUACACUUGGUGGAAUGGUAACAACAGUGGAAGGGUUGGUCACACAGAUCAGAGAAAGCCUAGCGAGAGUUCAUGGGUUCACAUUUGGUGACAGUCUAGAUGAGAGUAAGAAGAACAAGUGGAGAGAAUUUGGAUCCAGGCUAACUAAGCUCCUAAGCUUAGAACAGCCAUGGACUUUGAUCCUUGAUGAUGAAUUAGCAAACUCCUUUAUUUCACCAGUAACAGAUGAUAUCAAAGAUGAUGAUCAACUCACAUAUGAAGAGUUCGAGAGGUCAUGGGAGCAAAACGAGGAGUUGGGUCUCAACGACAUAGAUACUUCUUCAGCUGAUGCUGCUUAUGGAUCUACAUAGAGAAAGUUGGCUGGAUAAUUUGAUUUUGGGAUGGAUAUGUAUGUCUUUUGUUGUAUGGUUAAACAAUCCAAGAAUCAACCUGCUCAUCUUUUUAAAAACAACGUUCUACUCACAAAUCUAUGGUAACAUCUGAAUUGUAUGCUUAUAUAUCAAUCAAAUGAUUGACAAAAAGAUACUUGGUAA